AACCAGCGUCGGGCGUGCGGUUUUCCAAGCCGGACUCAGUCACUUGGCGACGCUUGGUGCAAUCGGCAGCAGCAGCAUGCCCAAACUGCAGCCCACACUGGAGGUGGUUCCGGAGAAGCCUGAAACGGGAUUGGAGGACGCGGAAUCCGAGAAGGCGACGGAGGAGAGCCAGCUGGACGCAAUCAUCAUUGGGAUCGGCCAGUUCGGUCGCUUCCAGAUCUUCAACUACCUGCUGCUCUGCCUGCCCAUCAUCUGCAACGCCUUCUACUCCAUUUCCUUCGUCUUCACAGCCGGAGAAGUGCUGCACAGAUGCCACAUAGCCCAGUGCGACAAUUUGGCUACCAGCUACGAGGCGCCCUUCCUGAACUUCACCACUCCGCAGCGCCACGGGAGCUGGGAUCAGUGCGAGCACUACGCCGUGAGAUCGGAUCCAUUGGUUGGAGCUUCGUGCAACGCCAGCAGUUUCGAUGCGGAUCGGCGCGUUGCUUGCGAUGCGGGCUUCAAGCUGAGCAACGACGACAAUACGAUAGCCAGUGAGUUCGGCAUCUUCUGCGCUGACCAGUGGAAGCUAUCGAUGGUCGGGACAGUCAACAAUAUAGGACAGUUUGUGGGCAUACCCCUAGGGGGUUAUCUAGCCGAUCGAUAUGGACGGAAGUUGCUACUGGUGGCCGCCGGGGUCCUCAGCUCCUUUGCCGGACUCGCUCGCUCCACCGCGCCGGAGUACUACAGCUUCCUGAGCCUAGAGUUCCUGGACAUGGCCGUGGGCAGCACCCUCUUCCCAACCGCCUUCCUGCUGGCAGUGGAGCUGGUGGGUCCGCAGCACCGCGUGGUGGCCGCCACCAUGAUCAGUCUGACAUACGGUCUGGCGGAGGCCUUGAUGGGCUACCUGGCCGACUUCCUGCGCGACUGGCGCGUCCUGCUGCGCGUGCUCUACGCUCCCGCCCUGCUGCACCUGACCUUCGUCUGUCUGCUGCCGGAGAGCGUGCGCUGGCUGCUCAGCCAGUCGAAGGAGCUGGAAGCCAAGGCCACGCUGCGGAGGGUGGCCAGGGUGAACCGCAAGGAGCUGCCGGAGCAGCAGCUGGACGCGCUGAUCCGCUCGAACCGCCGGCUGGUGGAGCAGUCCUCCGCCUCCGGCGGCCACUACAGCUUCCGACAGAUCUUCCAGGCCCUGGGUGGCCGCACCGCCCUCUGCUGCUUCGUGUGGUUCACCCACACCCUCAUCGCCCUGGGCCUGAGCCUGAACUCCACCCAGCUGAGGGGCAGCAAGUUCGAGAACUUCAGCAUGACGGGGUUCAUGCAGCUGCCGGGUAUCCUGAUGGCCACCACUCUCAUGAACUGGAUAGGACGCCGCUGGGCACUCAGCUCCUGCCAGUUCACUUGUGCCGUCCUGCUCCUGGCAGUGGCCGCCACGGAUAAAGUGUGUCCUUUCGCCUCCUCGAUACUUUACUUCCUGGCGAAAAUGGUGUCCACGGGCAGCUUCAUGAUCCUGUACUUCUUCACCUCAGAGAUCUUUCCCACGAACUGCCGGAACAGCAUGCUCUCCUUCUGCUCCAGCGUGGGUCGCUUUGGCUCGAUGUUGGCCCCCCAAACCACUCUACUGAUCGUACACUACCAGUAUGCCCCCCAUUUGCUCUUUGCCCUGUUCGGAUUCACCUGCUCGGGCCUGGCUUUGUUCUUUCCGGAGACCACCAACAAGGUGCUGCCCACCACGCUGGCUGAAGCACGAGCCCUGGACAAGAGUAUACCCAAGGUAAAAGUCCCGAAAAGUGUCGCCUCUAUGGCUGAAUCAGUCAAUGAGUGGCACUGCUCCCAGCGAGACGCUCCAGAGCGUCUAUAUUCGAGUGUGUGGCUAACACUUGUCGAGGCGGAAAGAUCGCCAGCGGGCCGCGCGAGUUAUAAAACACCGAUUAAAAGUGCAUUUUCCCACGUGUCCGGCGGCACUUCAGUUAAAAACAUCACCAUGACCAGCCAGAAGGAGGGCAAUGGCUGCAACAGCUCGCCGAGCAAUGGCAAAACUAAUGGGCACUCGGGCGGAGAUGAGGACAACUCGCUGGACGCCAUUCUGGUGCGGAUCGGGCAGUUCGGGCGCUAUCAGAUCAUUAACUACGUGCUGCUGUGCGUGCCCAUGCUCUUCAACGCCUUCUUCUCCAUCUCCUAUGUGUUCUCGGCGAGCACAGUGGUGCACAGGUGUAACGUGCCGCAGUGCGACAGUGCCAGCAGUGGGUACGAGGAGAGCUGGCUGAACUUCACCAUCCCCUACAAGAACUCCUGGGAUGCCUGCCACCGCUUCGCUGUCAACGAGACUGGGAUCUCGGGAGCUGCCCCCUCCGGAGACUUCUGCGCCGAGGAGUACUUUACCAACAGACCGGAGAGCUGCGGACACGACUUCAAGUUCAGGGACGAGGAGAAGACUAUAUCAACUGAGUUCGGCAUAUAUUGUGAGGACGAAUGGAAGCUAUCGAUGGUGGGAACAGUCAACAAUAUAGGACAGUUCGUGGGCAUACCCCUUGGAGGAUACUUUGCGGAUCGGUUCGGACGACGGACCAUGCUGGCCGUGGCCGGAUCCUUGAGCGCGCUGAUGGGCGUCAUCCGCUCGCUGUCGAGCAACUACUCCAUGUUCCUGGCGUUCGAGUUCCUGGACAUGGCCGUGGGCUGCACCCUCUUCCCCACCGCCUUCCUGCUGGCCAUCGAGCUGGUGGGUCCCAAGCGGCGCGUGGCGGCGGCCACGAUCAUCACCAUCUUCUAUGCGCUGGGCGAGGCCUUCCUCGGAUUCCUGGCCUCCCAGGUGCAGCACUGGCGCUGGCUGCUCCGCGUCCUCUACGCCCCGGCCAUCCUGCAGAUCCUGUUCCUUUGGAUCCUGCCGGAGAGCGUGCGCUGGCUGCUCAGCCAGGGAGCCGAGGAUCGGGCCGCCGCCGUGCUGCGUCGGGCGGCGCGGAUCAACAAGCGAGCCCUGCCCGAGGAACAGGUGGAGGAGCUGCUGGCCACCAACCGGCAGAAGCUGAGCCAGGCCAACGAGAGCCAGUACCCGAUCAUGCGCGCCGUGCGGUUCUUCUCGCUGCGGAUCGCCAACUGCUGCCUCUGCUGGUUCACCCACACGCUCAUCGCCCUGGGACUCAGCCUGAACUCGGUCAACCUGGGCGGCAGCAAGUACACCAACUUCAUGCUGAACGGCUUCAUCCAGAUCCCGGGCCUGCUGCUGCCCCUGGUCAUCAUGGACCGCGUGGGCAGGCGCUACUCCCUGUGCGCCUCGAUGCUGCUCUGUGCCAUCUGCAUGGGCGCCUCCGCCGGAGUGGCAGCUGACAACUACGCGGGUUCCCUCACCCUGUUCCUCAUCGGCAAGCUGGCCAUCACCUGCAGCUUCCAGAUUCUGUACUUCUUCACGUCGGAGAUCUUCCCCACCAACGUGCGGAACAGCCUGCUGUCCCUCUGCUCCAUGGUGGGACGCAUCGGCUCCAUGUUGGCCCCCCAAACUCCGCUGCUGGCCAAGUACUACAUCUACGCCCCGCAGAUACUGUUCGCCACCUUCGCUCUGAUCAGCGGCUUCCUGACCUUGGCUUUCCCCGAGACGGCGGACAAGGUGCUGCCCACGACCAUGGAGGAGGCACGCGACUUGAACGUGGCCAAGCGACGGGGUCAGGGGGUCGCGGGGGAGGAGCUGGGGGAGGGACCCAAGGGCUCCCAAUAAUGAUCUGCAACUGGGAACUGAAAAGAGGCUAAAUGCAGCCAGUUACGUCUUAGGUUAAGUGAGAGCCAAUGCAUUUGUUGAUUUUUUAAUGUGUUUUAGUUAGUUAAGGUUUCUCCGUACGAAACCGAUUUGGUCACAAAACUCGUCAUUUUUAUUUGUUGCCUUUUAAGCUUCUUUUAAUAAUGUAUCAGUUAGAAAAAAUCUGUAAAUGUCAUUAUUUAUUUCUUAUUUUAGCAUAUAAGUGAUCAAAUCGGUCCGCUAAUGGCAGGGAAAAAAUCAAGCUUUGCCAUGAAAUAAUUUUAAAA